AUGCACCUCACUGUGGAUGCCCCAAGCACUCCUGAGCCACCAAGUGAAGAAGCAAAUUUUCAAGACUUGAAUGGCAAGUUUGUGAUUGUCAUCUAUGAUGAGCUUCCAUAUGUAGGCCAGGUCCUUGAUGUUGUGGGAGAGGAAGUCCAGGUUAGCUCCAUGCGGCAGUCAGUGUUUCUGUUUUUUCCAGAUGGAUUUAUUGAAUAUGAUUUGUGGCGGUGUGCAUUCACCUCCUCUGAGCUGAAGGACAUCGAGUUCAGCUACUCUAAACAUUACAACAAGGUGGAGUACGUCAAGUUCAGCAGCUCAGUGGGGAAAUUUGUCGGCUACAACAAACACGGCAUUUACACCGCAGAGCGAGCUAACAACAACACUGCACAGCUGGCAGGGUGGAGAGCUCAGAAGGAGAGCAUCUGUAAACCCAACAUUGAGGGCUACUACUCUGGCAUACUGUCUAAGAAAGUGGAGCCCUCUCGUGUCACACUGCGCUCGGUGACGCCCCCUGGUGGGAAACACACCCACAUGCUGAUGUGCAGCGUCUACGGCUUCUACCCCAAACACAUCAGUGUGAAGUGGCUGAGGGACGGAAAGGUCACGACCUCUGAUGUCACUUCCACUGAGGAGCUGGCGGACGGUGAUUGGUACUACCAGAUCCACUCCCACCUGGAGUUCACGCCCAGGUCUGGAGAGAAGAUCUCCUGCAUGGUGGAGCACAUCAGCCUGAGCGACCCUGUGAUCAGAGACUGGGAUCCGUCUCUUCCUGAGUCUGAGAGAAACAAGAUCGCCAUCGGAGCUUCAGGUCUGAUUCUGGGUCUGAUCUUAUCUCUGGCUGGAUUCAUCUACUACAAGAGGAAGAUGCGAGGACGGAUUCCGGUUCCCACAAACUGAGGCAGGAAUCCUGAAGCUUCAUCCUGCUGAGGGAAAAGGCAGCUGGGAGUUGCUGUGCUGUGUUUUCAGUGCUGCCCCCUGCUGGAGAGGAGGACAUCCAGGAUGGAGCUCAGCUUCCUGCUCACAGCCUCAGCAGCAGCUGUUUGAAACCUUUAGUGCCUUAACAGAUUCUUAUAUUUCUGCUGGAGUGAGAUGUCUUCUUGGUACAAUAAACCUUUGGGCAACACUGUCA